CUCGCGGCCUCACGAGGCUGCCGGAGCGGUGUGACUGGAACGUGGUGAGGCACAAGUAUGCACAGGCCCAAACCUCGCGACAAUUAUCAGCCCUGAGACUAGCCCUUAGGCUCGCGCCUGCGCACAGCCGCCUGACUCCUUCCCGCGUUUUUCUGGAUUCUUACGCCACCGGAAGGGAAGCGGCGGGCGUCUGUGCUGGAGGUGGUGUGACUGCAGAAACCUGUGGGUCCCGAGGCCGCGACCUUUCCUCAACCCUGCUCGGCCACAAGUCCCCGUUCCGGGCUCAGACAGUGAGGCUCCUCUUUGACCCAAGAAUACGACGCACCUCCUUCCGGCGUUCCCGGCCCUGAGAGGGACGCAGCCCUCAGUGGCCUGCUCCACCGAGGCCAAAAAACCCGGCCCCAGAGCCGGUCUAACGAGCGUUUUAGAAGGCUUCACAGCACACUUACCGCAGGGUCAGAGAAACCAGGCUCAGGAAGAGGAGAGAACGCCAGCUUUUCUCACUCCAACAGCAUUACCGGCCCUGUUCUAAUGGCACCUCUCAGCCAUUCCAUGUGGAAUCAGGGUCCAACUUUCUAGGAGUGAAAGCCUGGGUGCUUUGGGGUUUUGCUUGUUCAUUUGGGGUUUUGCUUGUUCGUUUUUUCUAAUGUUUGAUCUGGUUCCCUUGCACCAGGCAACUGACGUUUCCGAAGCCUCGGGAGCGGGAUCUGUUUAGGGGCCCUGGUGUGUGCCUUGCUCUGUGCUUGGGGAGCAACUCCAAACCCAUUGUGGGUGUCUGGGUGGUAGGUCUUUAAUCCCCUGAUGCCUUAGGUCAAAAGUUUUUCGUGCCCACCCGGAGUUCCAGAGCAGUUCCUUUGGAAGGAAGGGGGAUGGUCAGGGCUGGGGAUGGAGAAGUGGUGGGGCAGGAGCCUUUGCCUCUCUUGUCUUCCCCUAGCUGGACCACUAUGCUUACCCUCCGGUCCUCCUCCUCCCGGCUUCAUAGCUCCUCGUCCCCAAGCAGCGUGUCCUCCCCACUGCAGAGAGAAAUAGGAGGUGGGCAGAGGGGCUUGUCUGCAUCUUCUAGUUCAUCUGUCAAUGUACCCUGUGACGACAGGAACUCGGACCAGGCUUCAGAGGGGAAUAGUGAUUCUUUGUCAGCUGAUGAAGGCAGUGACUUUGAAGACAGCUUGAGACGCAAUGUGAAGAAGAGAGCUGCAAAACGACCACUCAAAACAACCCCAGUGGCAAAACAGCCAAAGAAGGAGUCCCAAAUGGUACAUGGGCAUAGCCAGAAAGACUCCAAGCCACUAGCCAGUUAUAUCUUUGAUGCUGUGAAAGCUGCCAAAAGUGACAUGCAGUCUUUGGUGGAUGAGUGGCUGGAUAGCUACAAGCAAGACCAGGAUGCAGGAUUCCUGGAGCUCAUUAACUUUUUCAUCCAAUCUUGUGGAUGUAAAGGCACUGUGACCCCCGAGAUGUUCAAGAAGAUGUCCAACUCCGAGAUCAUCCAGCACCUAACAGAACAGUUUAAUGAGGACUCAGGAGACUAUCCCUUGACAGCUCCAGGUCCUUCCUGGAAGAAGUUCCAGAGCAGCUUCUGUGAGUUUGUGAAGACAAUGGUCUAUCAGUGCCAGUACAGCCUCCUCUAUGAUGGCUUCCCUAUGGACAACCUCAUCUCCCUGCUCACUGGCCUUUCAGACUCCCAAGUCCGUGCCUUCCGUCACACUAGCACGCUGGCUGCCAUGAAGCUAAUGACUUCCCUGGUAAGAGUUGCCCUCCAACUGAGUCUGCACAAAGACAACAAUCAGCGUCAGUAUGAGGCUGAACGAAACAAGGGGCCAGGACAGAGAGCACCUGAGCGGUUGGAGAGCCUGUUGGAGAAACGCAAGGAGCUCCAAGAGCAUCAAGAGGAGAUUGAGGGGAUGAUGAAUGCCCUCUUCAGGGGUGUCUUUGUACAUCGGUAUAGGGAUGUCCUUCCUGAGAUCCGCGCUAUCUGCAUUGAGGAGAUUGGGUCUUGGAUGCAAAGCUACAGUACUUCUUUCCUUACUGACAGCUAUUUAAAAUAUAUUGGCUGGACCCUGCAUGAUAAGCAUCGGGAGGUCCGUCUGAAGUGCCUGAAGGCUCUGAAAGGACUGUACAGCAGCCGGGACUUGACCACCCGCCUGGAACUCUUCACCAGCCGCUUCAAGGACCGGAUGGUUUCCAUGGUCAUGGACCGAGAGUACGAUGUGGCGGUGGAGGCCGUCAGGUUGCUAAUACUUAUCCUUAAGAACAUGGAAGGGGUGCUGACAGAUGCAGACUGUGAGAGCAUCUACCCCGUCGUGUAUGCCUCCAACCGAGCGCUGGCCUCUGCUGCAGGGGAGUUUCUCUACUGGAAGCUCUUCUACCCUGAGUGUGAGACCAAAAUGACCAAAACGGGGGGAAAAGAGCAACGCCGAAGUCCCUGUGCCCAGAGGACUUUCUUCCACCUUCUGCUGUCCUUCUUCAUGGAAAGUAAGCUCCAUGACCAUGCUACUUACUUGGUAGACAGCCUGUGGGACUGUGCAGGGUCUCAGCUGAAGAACUGGGAGAGCCUAACAAGCCUGUUGCUGGAGAAGGACCAGAACCUGGGCGACGUGCAGGAGAGCACACUGAUAGAAAUCCUUGUGUCGAGUGUCCGGCAAGCUUCAGAGGGUCACCCGCCUGUGGGGCGGGUCACUGGGAGGAAGGGCUUAACCCUGAAAGAACGGAAGAUCCAAGCCAAUGACAAGGUGAAGCUGACCGAGCACCUCAUCCCUCUGCUCCCCCAGCUCCUAGCCAAGUUCUCAGCUGAUGCAGAGAAGGUCGCCCCCCUGCUCCAGCUCCUCAACUACUUUGACCUCAACAUUUACUGCACCGGGCGCUUGGAGAAGCACCUGGAGCUGUUCUUGCAGCAGCUCCAGGAGGUGGUGGUGAAGCAUGCAGAGCCAAUGGUACUCGAGGCUGGUGCUCAUGCUCUCUAUCUGCUCUGUAAUCCUGAGUUCACCUUCUUCAGCCGGGUGGACUUUGCCCGCAGCCAGCUGGUGGAUCUGCUGGCUGACCGCUUCCAGCAAGAACUUGAAGAACUGCUGCAGUCAUCCUUCCUAGAUGAGGAUGAGGUGUACAGUCUGGCAGCCACUCUGAAGCGCCUCUCCGCUUUCUACAAUGCUCAUGACUUAACCCACUGGAAGCUCUACGACCCAUGCUACCGACUCCUCCAGAGGGCUGUGGACACAGGAGAGAUUCCUCACCAGGUGGUCCUGCCAGCCUUGAGUCUCAUCUAUGUUUCCAUUCUCUGGACACUAACCCACCUUUCUAGAUCAGGUGCUUCCCAGAAGCAGCUGUUGAGUUUGAAGGGCAGAAUGGUGGCCUUCUGCAAGCUCUGCCAGAGCUGCCUCUCAGACAUGGAUUCGGAGAUCCAGGAGCAGGCUUUUGUCUUAUUAAGUGAUCUACUUCUCAUCUUCAGCCCUCAGAUGAUUGUAGGGGGACGUGAUUUCCUUAGGCCCCUUGUCUUUUUUCCUGAAGCCACUCUCCAGUCUGAGCUAGCCAGCUUCCUCAUGGACCACGUCUUCAUCCAGCCUGGAGAACUGGGCAGUGGUCAUUCCCAGGAGGACCACCUACAGAUAGAGCAGCUGCACCAGCGGCGCCGCCUCCUGGCUGGGUUCUGCAAGCUGUUGCUUUAUGGGGUGCUGGAGAUGGAUGCCGCCUCCGAUGUCUUCAAGCACUACAGCAGGUUCUACAGUGACUAUGGUGAUAUUAUCAAGGAAACGUUAACUAGAGCAAGGCAGAUUGACCGGAGUCAGUGUUCCCAGAUCCUGUUGCUGAGCCUCAAGCAGUUGUACACAGAACUGCUGCAGGAACAGGGGCCCGAGGGCCUGAAUGAGCUCCCAGCCUUUACUGAAAUGAGGGACCUGGCCCGGAGGUUUGCCUUGAGCUUUGGACCCCAACAGCUACAGAACCGUGACCUUGUAGUCAAGCUACACAAGGAAGGCAUCAAGUUCUCCUUGUCCGAGCCUCCUCCAGCUGGCUCCUCCAGUCAGCCCCCACAUCUAGCCUUCCUGGAGCUCCUUUCAGAAUUUUCCCCUCGACUCUUCCAUCAAGACAAGCAGCUGCUACUCUCCUACCUGGAAAAGUAUCUGCAGCGUUUCUCCCAGGCACCUGGCCAGCCCUGGGGUCCUGUCACCAUCUACUGCCACUCCCUCAGCCCUGUGGAGAGCACGGCAGAGGCCAGCCCUAGGGGCUACCUCCGCCCCAAGAGGAGGCGCCUGGAAGGCCCCUCCAGGCAGCACAGAGAGGAUGUCUCUUCAUCCCAGGAGGAAAGCCUACAGCUGAACAGUAUCCCUGCCACCCCGCCCCUCACAUCCACGGCUGUGAAGAGCAGGCAGCCCCUGGGGGGGUUGGACAAGAUGGAAGAAGAAGGCGCCUCAGAACCGCAGUUUACCCAAGGCCAUCCCCUGUCAGGCACCCAGAAGUCAAGGUUCUCGGGCCCACAGCAUUUCUGGACUCCAUGCAACCCUCCAGGUCCUGGUCUGGGCAACCGGCUGAACCGACUCAGCCUUAUGGAAGAGGACGAUGAAGAGCUAGACAUUCAGAAUGAGUUAAGUGGAGAAUGGCAGGAUAUGGACAAGCAGUCUUCCCCCAGUGAGCACGGACUGGACCUCUUAGAUUCUACAGAGCUAAACAUCGAGGUGGAGAGAGGCUGCAGCCAUCGCCUGCCCUCUCAGCUGUCCUGGAGCUUCAGGCGUGACCCUGUGGAAGGUGGGAGGAGGGAUCUCUGACAUGACUGUGUCCUCCCCUUCUCCACUCCCCACCUCAACGACAUGACCACUUGGAAAAGGCAAACAGGACAACAAGCAAAGUAACCAUUAUGUCCAGCACCAUCCUUACCUGCUGGGUCUCUAAGGGGGAGGAAAGGGGGGCUGUGCCUUUCUACCUGAACCUUUCUAUGAUGAUUUGGGGUAGAGAGGUCUUAAGCCCCAUCCUCCUGAAUGUACCCCAGCUCUGCCCUUGGUGUGGAGCAGGUACCUUUCUCUUGCCCUGUUUGGGGUAAGGCAUAGCCUCGGCCUUGGAGAAGGGCCAUGUUGAAUGGAAAGAGCCCAGCCGUUUUCUUGUGUUUUUGGAAUAUCCUUCCUAGCCUUUCUAGUGAAUAGCUCAAUAAAUAUGUUUGAAUCGGC